GAGGCGGGGCGUGCCCCACGGGAGAGCGGAAAGGGGAGUUUAAGGAUUUGGCAGCGUGCAGGAGGCUUUCCUACGAGGAGAGGGAGACUCAAAUUCAACAGGGAGUCAAAUUAAAAUUACACCAGAUCCAAAAGCUAGGACCCAAGGUGCUACACUCCCGGUGUGUAUGGUCACAUGUGUGCGAGGCUUUAGGACGUGGGAAACUCGAGUUCUGAUUGGACGGUGCGGUAAUGGGCUGGGGCUGCUAGCCGAAUGUUAUUCCGUUCCUGGCUGCCCAGCAGCAUGAGGCAUCGCACUCUAAGCUCCAGCCCGGCCCUCUGGGCCUCUAUCCCGUGUCCACGCUCUGAGCUGCGUCUGGACUUGGUUUUAGCUUCUGGACAGUCCUUCCGGUGGAAGGAGCAGAGCCCUGCUCACUGGAGUGGCGUGCUGGCAGAUCAAGUAUGGACACUGACGCAGACCGAGGACCAGCUCUAUUGCACUGUGUACCGAGGAGACGACAGCCAGGUCGGCAGGCCCACCCUAGAGGAACUGGAAGCCCUACACAAGUACUUUCAGCUAGAUGUCAGUCUGGCACAGCUAUAUAGCCACUGGGCUUCUGUAGACUCCCACUUCCAAAGUGUGGCCCAGAAAUUUCAAGGUGUGAGACUGCUGAGACAAGACCCCACUGAGUGCCUUUUCUCUUUCAUCUGUUCCUCCAACAACAACAUUGCUCGCAUCACUGGCAUGGUGGAACGGCUCUGCCAGGCCUUUGGACCUCGACUCAUUCAGCUUGAUGGUGUCACUUAUCAUGGCUUCCCAAACCUCUAUGCCCUGGCUGGUCCAGAAGUAGAGACUCACCUCAGGAAGUUGGGCCUGGGGUACCGUGCCCGCUAUGUACAUGCCAGCGCCAAAGCCAUCCUCGAAGAGCAAGGUGGGCCAGCUUGGCUGCAGCAACUUCGAGUGGCCCCUUAUGAAGAGGCCCACAAGGCCCUCUGCACCCUGCCCGGGGUGGGCGCCAAGGUGGCUGACUGCAUCUGCUUAAUGGCCCUUGACAAACCCCAGGCUGUGCCCGUGGAUGUCCAUGUAUGGCAGAUUGCCCAUCGUGACUACGGCUGGCAUCCUAAGACAUCCCAGGCUAAGGGCCCGAGCCCUUUGGCCAACAAAGAACUGGGAGACUUUUUCCGGAAUCUGUGGGGACCUUAUGCUGGCUGGGCCCAAGCAGUGCUGUUCAGUGCUGACCUUCGCCAACCAAGCCUGUCUCAGGAGCCACCAGCAAAGCGCAGAAAGGGAUCUAAGAGGCCAGAGGGCUAGGUAGGGCUCAGGGGCAAAAGGUCUUUUUUCCUUUGUUCUCCAUUUCUUUCCCUUGUCUCUCGCCCCCACCUCCCACCCCUAAGUCUCAAGUCAGAAAGACUUAACACUCCCACCUCAGAGGCCAGAACCCCAAAUCAAAGUCAGUUUUUACAAUAGAAAAAAGAAGCUAUUUGAGCAAACCGACUGUCUUGUUUUAUCUUCCCUUUAUUACAAGAAGGAACAAUAAAAUAGAAACAUUUGUAUGGAAAA